AGCCUUUAUAUGAUGUUUGUUGCUAAACUCUUUCCUAAACAAAUGCAGUUCAAAGUGAUGUGUUUGCAAUGACCAAACAGACUUGAUGUACCAAGUCAUUUUUGUGAACAUUAGGAGCUGACUCCUGUCUGAGAGUUGCUUUAUUUUUUUAUUAAUGUGUUUACUUCAUAUGCACAACAGAAUGUUGACGGAAGCUACAGACUCCUUCUGAUUAUCCUGACAUACUGAAAUUAAGUCCCAGAAGAAACUCAUAUUAUACAAUUUUGCCAUGUGUUGCUGUUUGUUGAGUUUAAUGUUUAGAUGUUUUUAUCUAGCAAUAAACUUUUCACAUUUCUCCAACAUCCAGCAUAUUGCGAAAGUCUAAACUUUUAGUUUGAUACUUUGGACUGGAUUUUCAUUCUACAAAUGCAUGUCUGCACAUGUCCACAAAUACAACAUAAGUUCAACUUGUGAAUUUUAUUCAAGCUCUUGAAUGACUUUUACGUCACAAUUUCCUUAAGGUAGUUGUCCGAAUUACCACACUAUUUCCUUCCACUGAACUUUACAUUAAGAAUGCAGUAUUCUGCAAACAACUAGUUUGUUUAGCAAUGAGAUUUUGUAGCUCACCCUUAGCGUCAAUGUGGAGACUGGUAUUAUGAAAAUAUGGCAAUUUUCUGAGAAACUAACCCUGGGGUAUCAUUUACUUUGAGUCAAAAUCAUUGAAAUCACUUAAAUAAUUUUUUUCCCCUACCAUAUUCUAAUUUACUGAGGUUUUUUUAAGUUCAGAGUUGUUAAUCAACUGAUUUUAAUUAAUUGAGCCAAAAGAUUCGGAUCUCGGAAAAGAUUCGAAAUUCCCGUCACUAUUUACUUGCGGAUGUUGCCCUCGUCGCGCGUAGACUUGUGGGUAAUUUAAGGUGCAAAGCAGAUCAGCACGCUGAAGAAAGACUGUAGGUGGAAAAAAAUAGCUUCCGCAGUUACAGUCAGCCGACGAGCUUAAAUGCUUCCUGAGGGGACGUAGUUGUGCACUCCUUUUAGUUUUGUGGCGCAAGGUUUCCCACACAGUUGCGCCGCUCGCCCGGUGUUGUGAUAAUUAGGGCAACAUGAGUCUGAACGAGCAUUCACUGCAAGCCCUGUCUUGGAGGAAGCUGUACCUCAGUCGAGCCAAACUGAAAGCUUCAAGUCGGACAUCAGCUUUGCUCUCCGGAUUUGCCAUGGUCGCGAUGGUGGAGGUGCAGCUCGACAACAAAUAUCCAUACCCACCUGCUCUCCUCAUCGCCUUCAGUGCCUGCACCACCGUGCUUGUUGCUGUUCACCUGUUUGCUCUGAUGGUCAGCACCUGCAUUCUGCCUAACAUAGAGGCGGUCAGCAACGUCCACAACCUCAACUCUGUGAAGGAGUCUCCACAUGAGCGGAUGCACAGACACAUUGAGCUGGCGUGGGCUUUUUCAACUGUGAUUGGGACUUUGCUCUUCCUCGCCGAGGUGGUUCUGCUCUGCUGGGUCAAAUUUCUGCCCAUUAAGCCCGACCAAUCCAACAACAGCACCGUCUCCUCUGGUGUGGCUGCUGCUAUUACCUCAACCUCUAUCAUGGUCCCGUUUGGUUUAAUCUUCAUAGUCUUUGCAGUGCAUUUUUAUCGCUCGCUGGUCAGCCACAAGACUGACAGACAGUUUCAGGAGCUGGAGGAGCUGUCUAACCUCACCAGGCUUCAGAACGAGCUCGACAACAGAGGGGAAUCUUCAAUCUUACAAUCGCCAAGCUCCCAGUUCCCAUAGACAAAUCCCCCGAUCUGUAUUGGAACUUCCUGAGAGGGCAGAAAUUUAGGAUUUACAUUUUUACAAGAAAAAUCUAUCACCAUUUGAAAGUUUUCCCUUUUUUACCCUAAUUUUUUUUUUAAACACACUUUAUCUUACUGUGAUCUCAUGCGCCAUAAUGCAUGUAGCUGGAAAUCACAAAGUUUUUAAUGUGAUUGUAGCCUAAUAUUACCACUGGUUAUCAGAGAUCCACCCAUCAUUUGUUUCCUGGUUAAAACCUUUAUCUGAUUUUUAAAAUAUAUAUAUAUACUUUGAAGUUUGACCUGCUGAGGAAUUACACAUUGUACGUGUUAUUGGUUUAUGUGUCUCUAGACCAAAAGUGGUGUGCUUGAUAACAGCUCUACUCAUUACGUCAGACAUAUCAUGCCUGGACUUAUUUCUGUUGCCUGCUGCAUUUAUUUAUCAUUUAGUCAAAAGCACAUAAUGUUUAUCAGUUAUUGCACAUCUGUGAUUGUGAAACAUAGCCUUUGAACUUUUAGUGUAUUUAAAGAAAUCUACUGUCCUGGCUGUUUUGAGCAGUUUGCUGUAUGUGUUGACUACUAAGCUGCCAACCUUACAGUAUUAAUAGAGUGCUGACACGUGUUGUGUUUUAAUAAACACUUUUUAACUAAAUGGGA